UGUGGUUGUAACACUUUUUUUUUUCAUAAGUUCUGUUUUUCCAUCAACAUUAUUUUUCUUUAUUAGGCAGGUCCCUGACUGAUCGUCCCAUCACAACACAGCACCGCCGCCAGCAUGGACAGGACGAGUAGCAUCAAGAGCAUGGAUUCUGAACGUGAGAAGUUCCGCACUUACAUUGAGAAAACAGGAGUGAUGUCUGCACUCACUGAUGCUUUGGUGCAUCUGUAUGAGGAGCAGGAGAGGCCUACAGAUGCCCUUGGCCACAUCAAGAAGACCUUGGGCUCUUUCACUCCCUCUGUCCAACACUGCCACAUGCUGGAGGAAAAGGUGAAGGAGCAGGAAGCCAUUAUUGAAUCCCAGCGCACACAGAUCAACGAGCUCAUGGGGGAGGUUGCAAACCUGCGAGAACUGCUGGCACAUGUAGAGGGCCGGGGGGAGGCCACUAAGACUCCCAGUGAGACCCCUCGCACUUCCUGAGUUCUGAGGUGUGUCUUGCAGCACUUACUGGCCCAACAUCAUUGUCAGAAACAGAAGAGAGAGUGUCUAGCCUUAAGAAUGUCUUCUUUGCUCUACUACUACUACUACUACUACUUACCUUUUUACACCAGAUAGAACAAGUCUAUCCAUAUCAAAUUUUUUUUUUUUAUUACAUCUUGUAAGUUAUUCUUUUCACCAGAGUGUUGGUAGUGUAAGAUGUUGGAGUUGAUGGUGAAGGUACUGCAACAUACUUUUCAUUUUAUAUUUUUCCUAAUACUAUAUAUAUUGUAGAAGCCUCUUUUUCUCUCAAGAGGUGAACUGACUGUCAUGUCCUCCACACAUGUAUGUUGUCUCUCUAUGUUUCAUUAUAGGUAAACUUAAGCUCAGCCUGACCAGACAGAUAGUUACAGCAUAGACAAUUUUCCUUGUCCAAACAAGAAUUAAGAAGAUAAACACUUUAACAUGUUCAAACUUAUUAACACCUGCCUCUUUUUGUUUCCAUUGUUGAAUGCUGUACUUUUCUUAUUCACUGCAGUGUUAGUCAGCCACCACCAUCCCUCAUGUUAUACUUCAAUGUCAUUCAGUCAGUUAGUCUGCAGCACAAGUAGAGUGCAGUCAUAAAAACCAUGUCAUCAAGAGGUUUCAGUCAGUCUAGCAAUAGUUGAUUGAGGAAUAAGAUAAAUGUAGAAUACCUCAGUAUUGAGAGCUCUUGAUGUGUUAUGUGUGCACAUGAAAGCUUACACACACACACACACACACACACACACACACACACACACACACACACACACACACACACACACACACACACACACACACACACACACACACACACACACACACACACACACACACACACACACACACACACACUUUAAAAGCUGUACACUGCCUCAAGAAAAGUCAGAGAUGAUGUAGUUUUCCAUUGUAUCUUGUCACUGUUGCCAGUCUUAUUUAGGCCAGCAAAACUUAAAGGCUCCACUAAUCUGCAAAGGAAUGUGGCAGUUCCAGUGGGUUUUGAUAGAAUACAUGUCCUAAGAGGCACCCAGAGCCAGAGUGAUAUAAGGGCUGAAAAUUAACAACAGAAAAAUAUUUGUCAAAAUUUUGCAAGUUUCAAAAUCAAUACAUCAAUGGAUUGAGAUGGAAAGUAAUGUUUGGUUUCAAAAUAUUCAGCAAUUUAUGCUCUUUACAACUAUGUAGUUGAAUUACAGUGCAUUUUGAAAUUAAAAUAAAAUUAUAGUUUGUUAAAGAUAUCACCCAGCUACAUUGAAAUUGUAUCUGUCAUCCACACAUUGUUCAUUUUCUUCAUUUUAUCAAAGUUGUUUUAUUUUUUAUGUACUAAUGGGAAUCACAAUCAUUAAAAAGUCUUUUUUUUAUAAACUCAUCAAUUUUAUGAAGCAAAACAAAAGUGACAUACUUGUACAUUUUAAGCCAAACACAAAUGAAAAGAAUGAUACAAACCUAAAGAUUAAACUGGAAGAAACUGAAAUAAAAGAACUAAUAGACAUUAUGACAAGACUAUUGUAAAGGAUUAUAGAAUGAAAAGAAUAAUAAAACCAUCAGAUGCUUCCAAAGCUCAUGUAGGCUAUUGUGUGAUCCAUUCUGAUGUCCACAUUCUCCCAUCAUGGUAGGAAGGAUGGGGAAGACUUUGCAACAAAAAUAAUAGUUAUGGCCACAAGUCACUUAUGUCACUCAGGCUCUUGGUGCCUCAUGUUUCGAAAAUUAAGAUAAAAUUCCUUACCAACAGUAUGUGAUAUUUUGCUCAGUGUCUGUUACAGAGCUGAAGGAAAGGUUAGUAAUGGUUUCCUUCAUUAUUACUUUUUUUUUCCCCCCCAUGAAAAAAAAUCUUUAAAAACAUUAAAUGUGUUUUUUGCCUUCAGUUUUCCAUUCCAAAAAAUUCAUUAUAUAUUUUUAUAUCAUUUAUUUAUCAAUUAAUAUAUGUUCUUCACUUACUAUUGACUAGAAUAACUAGACAAAAGUAAUCCUAACUAACUAGAUAAAAGAAAUCGUUACAUUGUUUCCUGAAAUAUAUACAGUACAUGUAUUUUGCAAGUUUCUUAGGAAAGUAUCUUAUUUUAUAAUAUUUAUUUCAUUUGCAUUUAUAUUGAAUUUUGUUAAUUUGUUUCUAUGCUUAUGUUCCUGAUUUUUUUUUCUUAGUCAUGGUGUUCAUGGAUAUAAUUUGUGCAAUCCCAGCAGACUUAUGAACCUACACCCUGCACCAUUAGAAAGAUGGAGUCAUAUUUUUAUAUGCCACAAAAAAAUAGUAAUAAAAGUUCUCCAGUGCUGA